CAGCAGGUGGGAGCGGGGCUGUUGAUAUCAAUAUGGCGGUUGUCAGCCAGACAAAGACAGUCAGUCUGAUGUGAUUGAGACAAGGGAGGUUUUCAGGGGGAGACUGGGAGAUAGGGGCCUCCCCUCCCCCGUCUCCUCUUCCUGCGCCGGCCUCUACCCCUCCCCAGUCCCCUUCCGACUGGCGCCCCACGCGGAAGACACCCCUCCCCCUCCCGCUUUCCCCUCCUCCCUGCCUCAGCCCUUCGUACUGGGACGUUGGGGAGGGGGUUGUGCCGGGCGGAGAGAACUCAGCAAGGAUUCAGAGAAUGGUAAAUAACACUGAUCAUCUCUAGUAAGGAUAUUGAUUCACCUCAUGUAAAGUAUGCUCAGUUCCUUUCCAGUGGUUUUGCUGGAAACCAUGUCUCACUAUACAGAUGAACCCAGAUUUACCAUAGAGCAGAUAGAUCUGCUUCAGCGCCUUCGGCGUACUGGAAUGACUAAACAUGAAAUUCUCCAUGCCUUGGAAACUUUGGACCGUCUUGAUCAAGAGCAUAGUGACAAGUUUGGAAGAAGGUCCAGCUAUGGAGGAAGUUCUUAUGGGAAUAGUACCAACAAUGUUCCAGCAUCUUCUUCUACAGCUACAGCUUCCACACAGACCCAACAUUCUGGAAUGUCCCCAUCGCCUAGCAAUAGUUAUGAUACCUCCCCACAGCCUUGCACUACCAAUCAAAAUGGAAGGGAGAAUAGUGAGCGAUUAUCCACGUCCAAUGGAAAGAUGUCACCCACUCGCUACCAUGCAAACAGCAUGGGUCAGAGGUCAUACAGUUUUGAAGCCUCAGAAGAGGACCUAGAUGUAGAUGAUAAAGUGGAGGAAUUAAUGAGGAGGGACAGCAGUGUGAUAAAAGAGGAAAUCAAAGCCUUUCUUGCCAAUCGGAGGAUUUCCCAAGCAGUUGUUGCACAGGUAACAGGUAUCAGCCAGAGCCGGAUCUCUCACUGGCUGUUGCAGCAGGGGUCAGACCUGAGUGAACAGAAGAAAAGAGCAUUUUACCGAUGGUAUCAACUUGAGAAGACAAACCCUGGGGCUACACUAAGUAUGAGACCAGCCCCCAUUCCGAUAGAGGACCCAGAAUGGAGACAAACACCUCCCCCAGUCUCUGCCACAUCUGGCACCUUCCGACUACGACGAGGGAGUCGAUUUACCUGGAGAAAGGAGUGCCUGGCUGUCAUGGAAAGUUACUUCAACGAGAAUCAAUACCCAGAUGAAGCAAAGAGAGAAGAAAUUGCCAAUGCUUGCAAUGCGGUUAUACAGAAGCCAGGCAAAAAACUGUCUGAUCUGGAACGAGUUACCUCCCUCAAAGUAUAUAAUUGGUUUGCUAACAGACGGAAGGAGAUCAAGAGGAGAGCCAAUAUUGAAGCAGCAAUCCUGGAGAGUCAUGGGAUAGAUGUACAGAGUCCAGGAGGCCAUUCCAACAGUGAUGAUGUUGACGGAAAUGACUACUCAGAGCAGGAUACUUGGCAAGUACGCAAUGGGGAGGAGGAGGAGGGAAGAAGUUCAGAGGGAGGCAGAGAAGCAGAGAAGGAUGACAGCACUAGCCAUAGUGACCACCAAGACCCCAUCUCAUUAGCUGUGGAAAUGGCAGCAGUCAACCACACUAUCUUGGCAUUGGCCCGACAAGGAGCCAACGAAAUCAAGACAGAGGCCCUGGAUGACGACUGAGCAGGGAGGGUUGAACAGGAGAAGUUAACUUAGUUUAGACGUAGCACCUUAGCAGACUUUCCUCGGUCCUUAACAUGUGUUCUUACAGUAUAACUUGCAGUUUCUUGUAUGUCAGUUAGCCGUUAGGGUCUUGUUCUGUGAAGAUGGCAUGGUGCCCUCAGCCUUUGCAUAUACUCUCUCAGUAUUAAUUCCCAGUAAAUAAUAACCAACCAACCAACCAAACUUCCCUCUCCCAGCCCCCGAGGCUAGAAAAUCUUGCUGCUCUGUCUUAGCAUUCCAAGAAAGUGCUUCCAGGUAUUUAGAUAGCCCUCAGUUCUCCAAUAUUAGGCUACGUGUAAAACCUUGGGUACCUUUAGAUUCCUGUAACACUAGUCUGUACCUUUUUCCUUCCCCAAGACUGAUAGGAUGCAAGCUGAGGUAGUGUGGCCCAGGAUUGACAGACACCAUUUGGGGAGUGUCCACAGAGUAAAAGGAACACUAGAAUUCCCACUCAGGGUGGGAAUAAUUGAUUUCCAGCUGCAAUAAGCCGUGCCUCAUAAUAGUCACACUGUGGCUAGAUUAUACUUCUUUGGGUGCUGUGCUAAGAAUGUCCAUGGAAAAACUUGAUCUCAAAUUUUGGUUGAUGUUAACAUGCCUGACACAGACAUCCUUUCCUCUCACAAGCUGUGUGACUUAGUAGAUAAAAUACUGCCUUCUGCCUUUGGGACCAUGAUUCAAACAAAAAAAAGACAAAAAACAAAAGUCAUUAAAAAAAAAAAAAAAACCCAGCUUGAGAGCAUUGGAAAAAAACAUGAGCUGAAUGUCUAAUGGAUGUUAAGUCCAGUUCUCAGAACCACUGUACAUUACAUGGCACAGGUGUGUGCCUGCCUGGAAAAGUGCUGGAGGCCAUCAUGGAAGCUGCUCUGCCUCCUGUUUAUGUCCCCUUUCCCUGCUACCAAAAAAAGUCAAGGAUGGAGCUAAGGUCACAAAUGACUGAAUGAACUUCCAGUCUUUGUAUCCAUUUACUGAAGCCCCCUCAAUAUGAGAGGUUGAUAGAGGACUUUAUAGUGGGAUUAUGCUGACUGACUAUCACAAAUGCAAAUACUUUCCUAAAUAGGAGCAGAAAAAACAGGGGACAAUUGCCACUUACGUGGCGGGUCUUCAAGAUACAACGUGAUGUGACUGCUUUGGUGUUCUCUUUACUCUGUCCUUGUAGAGGUGUGAAAAGCUAUAUUGCUACAGGCAAUUUAUUUAAUAAUUGGAAGCCAUAUUGAUAAUGGAUGUGGUAAUAUUUGUAAAGUUUAAUCUACUUUAAGCGGCAGUAACUAAUGGAAUUUUUUUCCUUGAUCACAUAUGUAGCACUUUUGUUACUUUUUAAAGAUAUUUAUAUUUGAUAAAUCUUUUUUUCAUUUUGAGAACUCAAAAUACCAAACAGUGAACUUGCGUUAUAAAGUCACCCUGUGAUCACCUUGUCAUCUAGUAGCAAAAUGAUGAACUAUUCAUGCAUCAAAGAAAAUUACAUCUGCUGGCCUUGUAUGAAAAUGAUCUCUUGGCAUCCCGAUUAAAUGACACACUGUCACUGUGGGGAAGAGGAAACCGCCUUCGAUGUAGCGGCGUAGGCAUCCUAGGAGCCCAAGAGAGUGGAGUCCACCCAGGAGGAAGGCCCCAGUUGGCGUGACCUGGUGAGCGGAUCCACCAGCUUGACUCCUUGGAAUUGGCCUCUGUAAUAGGUACCUUGUUUCAUUAGCUGGCUAAUGGGGUCUUUGAUUAUCUAUUACCCCCACCCCCCCAAAAAAAUGUGAAGGAAACAAGGUAUGUGUGCCUUCUGUUUAGCUAUUGAUCCAGAUUUGGCAUCUCUGGUGGCAUCUGGGUGCCACUGAAAUUUUGGAAUUGGAGACAUUGACUCUGUCCUUGGAAAGAGCACGUGACUCUUACCAACCAGUAUACAUGGCAGAGAUGAGUCACAAGAUCUGUGUUGCCUUUAUAACUUUUCCAGCUUCCCAUCACUUCCAGAUCAAGCCAAAAUUUCAGUCUUGUUUUCUGGCUUCCUCUAAGCCCAGAAACCGCUCCCCUUCUGUUGCUUUACUGGAACUAAGAGCCCAGUAUAAACUUAUGAGGGUCAUUUUUCCACUUCAUCAUUCAUUGAAGCUAUUAAACUGGAAACAAAACGACAUUAGUGCUGUAUUAAUGUAAACAGCAGCCACUCUAGUGAUAUUACAUUGAGCUCUUUUGUUUUUAUGCCAGAUUCAUGGGUGGGGGUAGGCAGUGCAUACAUUAGCAGAGUGGAUUGAAGGAAGGUGAGAGCUCAGCUGUGGGCUCCUUUCAAGAGCAUUAUUGUUAGUGAUUUGCCUUGAAAACCACAUUUCAAUAUGUUAGUCAGUGAGCCCCUUAAUCCUGCAUCUCUGAAAACGGGCGCCACGAAACCAAAACCAAAGUUCUUGGGGGCAGGGGUUGGGGGGAGUAAGCUUCUCCCUUCAAGCAUUGGCAUCUCUGGCAAGGCUUUUCUUUACUGCUCCCUGGUUUUGCCAGAACACUGCUUUCGAAAGGGCCUCUUCUUUUCCUAGUAGUUUUUCUCACACAGAUAAUAGAAAGCAAGCCUGUGGCAUGAGUCUAGAGCAGGCUGUCCCAACUUCCCACACACCUGCUCUCCCCUGUGCAUUUGGCCUGGUCUCCAGAAACGGGAGAGAAAACCCCCUGCUGGGCCUAGCCCUGCUUUCUUCAGAUUCACCCAGGCUGCAAGGGAUGCUCCUCUGCCAGAAGAUACCAAGAACAUCAUAGUUGCCUCCCCUGGAAGAGCCCACAGCCUUCUCUGAUUCCCCCUGGGCUCCCCUCCCUCCCUUCCACGGCCAUAGUCACCGUUGGGUAUGCAGUACCUUCCAAGGAUACAUUUCUAGUUCUGUUUUUUAAGUGCCUAAGCAAGUUACAGACCUCUGGAACCUGCCAGAGAGUCAGCCCCCUGACCCCCCUGCCCCAUCCUUUCCCAACCCUGCACUUAGCCCCCAGGGGUGGGCACAGAUAGCCACCCGUCUCCAGAUUCCCCAGCGUCCUGCAGGCGGAACCACUGCAAGGGCAAGCUCCUGGGCAGGGCGAUGUCGUCGUCGCCCUGUCAGGCUGGCUUUGUCGCUCUUUCCUGUGCUUUUUUAGGGAUUUCUCUGUUGAUAGGGUUACAGUCUUGAUUCAUAGAGAAUGUUAAGGAGCCUGCUUAGUGAGGUGUACAGCUACUGAGUGGGGAAGAUGGGGAGAGCAAGACAGCCGCAGAACAGAGUCCCGUCUGCCUUUGUCCGCAGCUGGAAAGUGCAUCCAGAUCCAAGAGGGCAAAGAGUCAGAUAAUCAUAGCUAAAAACAUAAUGAUUCAUUUGCCGUCAUUAAUCACUGGAACCCUGGCUGCCUCUCUCCGUCGUCUCUUCCUAGAUUUGAGGGAUCAGGGUGUCUGCUCACAAGGGCUCAAAAAGGCCCAUCAUCGCUGGGGGUGAGGCAAGAUCAAAAGUGUGUCUUUGAAAAUAAGUGUGAGGUUAUUCGUUUGCUUUUUUUUUUUUUAAAGUAAUUUAAGUCUGACCUGAAUUUGGGGCCUUCAUUAUGUGGUGGGUGUACGACGGAUUAUUUUGUGACUGCACUCUGUUCACAUCACGGCACUAAGCAGCGCUCAGAUGAUUUGUUGGUGCAUUAGAAAGUUUUUGCAAAAUGGACAAAUCCAUACCCAGGCACUUUAUUUUCAUUAAUAAUCCAGCGUUUUUGUUCAGACAAUGUAAUAACCCAAAUGGUGGGCAUUCACAUUUUAACAGGUAUGGGCAAAUUUGCCAGAGGAAUUAUUUGGAUUUGGAUAGAGAAGGGAGGCGGGUUGAUGAAAGCGAUCAAACGGGAGAGAACACCGCCGUGGUGGCCACGAAGGGAGGCCCGUCACGCCCACCCGGGUCAGGGCAGCGCGGGUGGCCAGGCUGUGCAGACGCGUGUUUACAGGUUCUACUGGUGCUGGUUGCUGCCCCCGGGCACAUGGCGGGAGGUCGCAGAGCUGGGAGUGGGGGUGCAGGGGGAGCAGCGGGGGGGGGGGGGUGGGCAGAAGAGGCCCACUCGCCUCUCCGUGAAUCGCACCCAACGCCCCGGUGGCGCCUAGUGCCAGGGACUGCAGCUUUGUCUUGCUGUUUGUUGCAGGGGUUGGGGGUUUGGGGGGAUGGGCUGGCACAGCAGCUGAUAAAAUGGAAAAUGAGUUUGAGAGUCAUGAUCUGAUCAGAUACCAUGGACCAGAUGCCUUGGGACUGCCCGAAAGUCUUUAGCGUCCACCAAAUACUCGAGUAUCUGCGACGGGCUGUGUGGGGUCCCUGCCGGAUGGCUUUGGGGCAGAGCGCCCUUCCCUGCCUUGGCCGUCGUGUGUCUUACUUAGUCUUUGUGUUUCCCUUUGGCGUCUCCUGGUCUUUGUCCCCAUCUUGUACACCAUGUGUCCCUGAGGGGAGUCGCACCUGUGUCUGAGUCUGCUGUAAGGUGUUCAGUCUACCUCAAGGGGUCAUCAUGGUCAACUCUGUCCCAUAGCAAUCCUUCUGCCAUCGCCACACACACUGGAAUGUAUAUCUGCCCCUGGCCCCGGCCCUGCCUUCCCUGUCAGUAAUCCCCUGACCCCAUCUUUCCUGUAAUCACCACAAACUCCUAGUGCAAAUUGGAUGCUGCUUUAAAUGUGAAAACAAUUGUUCAAAAGCUAUAAAACCUGAAUGAAAGCUAAAGCUGAAUUUAUAAGCCUUGUUGCAUAUGAGCCAAAAGUGCAAAAAGCUCUAUAUAAUGAACUAACCUGCCACUCGUAUAAAUAUAAAUAUAUAUAAAUAUAUUAAAAUCAGACUGUUCUACAAAAUUGUGUAUUUGUAUUUUUGUGUACGUACAAUUUUCUGCUAAGCAGAAGGAGGAUGUAGUAUAGGAUGCUGUGAGAAGAGAUUUGGUUUAAUCCUAUUUCUUUGUUACUUAUUUUUGUUAACAUCAGAUGCCUGUCUUUGUCUUCUAUGUGUAUGACACUGUUUGGAAAGCUGCAGUAUCUCUCUUCCUUAGGUCCAGAGUCCGUUAGAGAAUGAAAUCUGGGGUUUAGAGAGUUGUCCAGGCCACCAAACAUGGAGAAGUGGACAGAGCUUGGCCGCUCGCGGUCCUGAGGCAGCAGUGAGGCAGGGCACGGCCUCUGGGAAGCAGAAUCCCGCUUCUAGAAAGCAACUUCCAAAAUAAAAGAUGGUCAGAUCUCUCGAACAUAAGACUCCACCGGGUCCAUCAGGAGGAGAUGCAGGACCUCUUAUUCCUGGGCCAGAAGUCCGCCCAGGAAGCAGCAGGGGCCCUGCCUGGCUGUAGCGCCCAGCUCACUGGCCGUCCCCGGGCGCACCUCCUUCUUCCGAGUAGUCGCUGCCUUUUUCGGAUCAGGUUACCAAAAUGCCUCCCCUCUGCUGAGCUGCUGGCGCUUCAUCACCCAGACCUCCAGCCCCAGUUCCCUGGAGCAUCUCAGAACCCACUUUCCCGGUGCUAACACACAAGAGGGGGGUAAAGUGGCUGCCAGUCGUGGCCAGAAACCAACGUCUGAGAGGCCAGGCCGGAAGACAAGCUCUGUGUGCCCAGGGCGGCCCCGGGCGCGGGCCCCACCCCUGCUGCCCACCCAGCUCUCAGCCCCCCGGCAGUCCCUCUUGGCGUGAACCUUCUCUGGGGAGAGCGAUACUGCACCUUCACCUGUGGGACUCAUAUUUAUAACAAUGUGUAAUGACUGUAGCAAAAAGCCCUUGUUUCUAGAUGUAAAUGGUCAAAGAAACAAGCGCUCUAUUGUAUUGAUUAAAAUAGUUCAAAUGAGUCCUGUAUCAUUGUAUCUCCUAUUCUGGAUUAGUGCCUUUUGGACAGUAGACUGUUCUGUAAUUAAAAUGUAGUAUACUGCUUUUUUGUACAGUUUUGUUUUAAUAAAACUUUUUUUUAAUUUGUGUUUAUUUUAGUAUUGUACCUAUUAGAGAAUAAAACGUAUAACUGAA